GCCUUCGCGACGGAGCUGGCGAUCAUGGUCAAGCUGCGGAGCCCGCGGGUCGUCCAGGUGCUGGGCGUCGUCACGACGGACCCGACGUGGCUGGGCUUCGUCGUGGAGUACAUGGCCGGGGGCACGCUGCGCGCGCGCCUCGACGAGACGCGCGCGGAGCACGGCGAAGGCGCCGUCGUCGCCGCCGACGAGGCGCAGAAGCGGCGGUGGCUCGGCGACGUCGCGCUGGGCAUGCAGUACCUCUACGCGCGCGGCGUGGAGCACCGGGACCUGAAGACGCUGAACGUGCUCCUCGACGAGGCGCGGCGGCGCUGCAAGGUCACGGAUUUCGGGCUCUCGAAGUCGAACGACCUGAACACGGCGGCGACGACGAUGGCGACGCAGCAGGGCGGCGGCGCCAAGGGCACGCCGGCCUACAUGGCGCCCGAGCUGUUAGGGGCCAACGCGUUCACGGAGAAGACGGACGUCUACGCGUUCGCGAUUUUGAUCUGGGAGGUGCUCGACGGCGGCGUGCCCUGGCCGGGCAUCAACCCCAUGCAGGCGCGGGCGCCACGUCCCGCUUUUUUGGCACCUAUUGCGCGACUCUUCCGCCCCUCGCAGAUCGGCAUGAAGGUGCUCGUCCAGAAGGCGCGGCCGCCCGUGCCCGAAGACGCGCCGCCGGACCUCGUCGCUUUGAUGGAGCGGUGCUGGGCGGACGACCCGGCCGCGCGGCCGACGUUCGACGCCUGCCGGUCGUGGCUCGCGGAG